CAGCGGCGGCGAGAGCGGCGGGAAUCGCCCAGACCGUCCGGAUGGAUCAUCUCAGUGAGGCCAAUGGCACUUUUGCCAUCAACUUACUAAAGAUGCUGGGUGAGGAGAACGAUGCCCGAAACGUGUUCUUCUCUCCCCUAAGCCUCUCCUCCGCCCUGGCCAUGGUCUUAAUGGGGGCCAGAGGCGACACGGCCUCCCAGAUGUUCCAGGCGCUGUCUCUGCGCGAGGACGACGCGGUGCACCCGGGUUUUCGGGCCCUGCUCGGGGCGGUGAAGGCGCGCGGCGCGCAGUGCCAGCUCCGGACGGCCAACAGGCUCUUCGGGGAAGAGACGUGCGACUUCCUUCCGGACUUCAAGGCAUCAUGCAAACAGUUCUACCACGCCGAGCUGGAAGAGCUGUCCUUCUCCAGGGACACAGAAGACUGCAGGAAGCACAUUAACCACUGGGUGGCCGAGGAGACGGAAGGUAAGAUUUCAGAGAUCCUGAGCGUUGGGAUGAUCAACCCCUUGACUAAACUGGUCCUGGUGAACGCGAUCUAUUUCAAAGGGAAGUGGAGUGAACAGUUUGACAGAAAGCACACCAGAGGGAUGCCUUUUAAGGUCAACCAGGAGCAAAAGACAGUGCAGAUGAUGUUUAAGCAAGCGAAGUUUCCUACAGGCUACAUUGAAGAGGUGAACACUCAGGUUCUGGAGCUUCCGUAUGCCGGGGACGAGCUCAGUAUGGUCAUCCUGCUGCCCGACGAGGACACCCCUCUUGCUGUGGUGGAGAAAGCACUUACAUAUGAAAAAUUCAGAGCCUGGACAAGUCCGGAAAAUCUGACGAAGGGGAAAAUCCAAGUGUUCCUUCCCCGAUUAAAGCUGGAGGAAAGCUACGAUCUGGAGCCUUUUCUUCGCAGCUUGGGAAUGACUGAUGCUUUUGACGAAGCCAAGGCGGACUUUUCUGGAAUGUCCACUAAGAAGAACAUGCCCGUCACCAAGGUGGCACACAAGUGCUUCGUGGAGCUGAACGAGGAGGGCACAGAGGCGGCAGGGACCACGGCGGUCAUCAGGAACACCCGCUCCUGCAGGAUGGAGCCCAAGUUCUGUGCCGACCACCCUUUCCUCUUCUUCAUCACCCAUCACAAGACCAAGAACAUCCUGUUCUGUGGCAGGUUCUCUGCUCCGUGAACAGGCUCCAGUGCUCUUCGCCUGGCUUCUUUCCCUCCUGUCCAACUGCCUUUCUUUAGAUCGCCCAUGACCAAAAUCACCAUGAGGAUUGGGAAGCUGAAAUAAAGCACGUGCUCCCUGGAGGCUGUGGAUGUGUUUCCUCCCCCCGUCCCACUCCAUGAGGUUAAGGAGGCUUGGGAUGGGUGGGUGCAGGCCUGAGCUGGCUGGGCUGCUGUGUAAGCUUCCCCGGCAAUCCUGGACUCUGCCUCAACAGCCUCUCGGGAGGACCAGCUGCCCCUUGUCCGUGCAGGUCAAAGAUUCACAGGUUUGAAAUUCUCCACCCUGGGCCGGAGUGAUGGUCCAGCAGGUCUAGCACUUGCCUUGCUUGCUUGCGGCCGACUCAGGUUCAAUCCGCGGCA